AUGAAAGUAUAUGACGAUGAAGAUAAUAUUGGAGUCCUUGAACAAACUAUCUUUCCUGAUAAAGGAGUCCUUUACCAACAACGUAUUGUUUGUGCUGAACAAAAAAUUAAUCUUGUCCAAUGUCGAUUGUUCCUUACUAAAUUAAUUGCUGUCUUUAACAGAGGAGACACAUUUACUCAAGAAGAAGCAACUGAAUUAUUCUUUGCAACAACAAAAUUAUUUUAUUCACCAAAUGUACCAUUAAGGCAAUUAUUAUUUACUGCUUUAAGAUCAGUGAUUCCGUAUGCGUGUGAUGUUUUUGUUGUAAUGAAUUCAUUAAGUAAGGAUGCUACUUCAACUUAUGACUUCCAACGGUCUUCUGCUUUAAGAACACUUGGAAUGAUUUUAACUGAUCAAACUAUUAAUUCUUUAGAACGUCAUUACAAACAAGGAAUUGUAGAUAAAACACCAAAUGUUUCAGUUAGUGCUUUAUCUACUGCAUGUAAACUUGCUCUUACUCAUGCAGAUGUAGUUUCUAAAUGGAUGCCAGAAAUAUCAACAGCACUUUUAUCAAGUAAUCAUUUAGUACAGUGUCAAGCAAUCAGACUUCUUCACAUUCUUAAAAAACAUGAUCGUGUGGCAUUAAUUCGUUGUGUAGUUACUUAUGGUAAAGAGAAACCAUUACGUUCUCCUUAUGCACAUGUUGAAUUAUUAAAAAUAUGUAAAGAUAUUCUUAUCGGAGAAAGAGCUUUUAGCAAAACAGUACUUCCUUUGGUUGAAUAUAUUCAAACUUCAAUGAGACCAAAUAAUGAUUUAGUUGCAUUAGAAGCUAUUAAAUUGGCAUCCCAACUUGAAUUAGAUGCUGCCCCACAAUCUCUUUCUGCACAAUUAAUGAAUUCUAUUCAAGUCUAUCUUCAAAGCAAUAAAACUAUUCUUCGAUUUGAGGCUAUUAGAGUUGUAAGUGAAAUGAGUUAUAGAUAUAAUGAAUUAGUAUCUACAGUUAGAAUAGAUGUAGAAAGUUUAUUAAGAGAAAGUAAUAGAGCUAUUCUUACACUUGCUAUUGCUACUUCAUUAAACAUUUGUAAUGAAUCUAGUAUUGAUGGGUUAUUAAAUAAAGUUACUAAAUUUAUGUCUGAAUUACCUGAUUCCUUUAGAACAAAAGUUGUUAAUACUGUAGAGAAGUUAGCUGAACGUUAUCCAAGUAAAUAUCUAACAUUGUUAUCUUUCUUAAGUCAUUCACUAACAAUUAAAGGAGUAAAAUUCCAAACUGCUGUAGUUAAUACUAUUCGUCGUUUAUGUAUUAUUCAACCACGAUGUAGAGAAACAUCAUUGACUACCUUGGCUGAUUAUAUUGAAGAUUGUGAGUAUCCAGAAAUUAUUAUAAAAGUAUUUGCUUUCAUUGGAGAAGAAGGUCCUCACUCAAAAAAGCCAAUGAAGUAUAUAAGAUCUAUUUAUAAUAGACUUUUACUUGAAUCACCAACUAUUAGAGCUGCUGGUAUCACCACAUUAAGUAAAUUCGCAGAAAUUCCAGAAUUGAAACCUAAUAUUAUUGAAAUAUUAAAGAAAUGUGCUUAUGAUGAAGACCAGGAAG